AUGCCCGAGGAGAUUGGCUUGGCGUCGGCGCGCAUCGUCGACUCGCGCAUUGUGACCCGCGGCGGCCAAAAGUACGUGCAGUACAAGCUCGAGAUCCAGACGACCAACUUUGGCACGGUCUACUGCUGGAAGCGCUACUCGACGUUCCGCGCGCUCUGCGACCGGCUCCAGAAGGAGGCCGGCUUCAAGAAGACGGAGAUCCCGCAGCUGCCCAAGCGCCACAUCCUCGGCAACCUCUCCCAAAAGACGAUUGGCGAGCGCGCCGACAAGCUCAACGAGUUUCUGGACGCCGCCGUGCGCGCCGAACACCUCCAGUGGGGCAUCAAGGUCGACGACUCCAUCGCAGUCUACAAGCGCCGCGUCAAGAAGCCGCGCGCGACGACGACGGCGAGCUCGCGUGGCGCGCCGCCUCCGUCGAGCCGCCGGCGAUAA